AAGACCUCGGAAGCUGAAGAGAUCCCGAAAGAGGAGGAGUCUCUGAAUGGUUGUGUCAGCUUGAAGAACACAAAUGAUGAGUUACUGUUUCAUUAUUUAUCUAACAUUCAGACAUAUAAACAACUUUCAGAAAAUAAACCGUCAAAAUAGGCAAUUUGAAGAUUUUUAUGUUAUUUUCUUCUAGAUAAAACAGAUCUCUGCUGUGAUCUCCUGAAAAUAGACUGAGAAGAUGGCAAUGAUGGUGUUUUUGGCAGCUCUUCUACCGGUUGUACUGAUGAGAGAAUGUCAGGAUGAAAUGGACUGUUCUGCCAUCUAUAACUCAGGACAAACAGUCAGUGGGAUUUACUCCAUCUAUCCAACACAUGACGUUCAUGCCUGGGUUUACUGUCAGAUGAUCUCAGAUGGGAACGAUGAAGACAAAGGAGGAUGGACGGUGAUUCAGAGGAGAAUGGAUGGCAGUGUGAAUUUCUAUCGGCCGUGGGAUCAGUACAAGAGAGGAUUUGGGAAUGUGGAGAGUGAAUACUGGCUGGGGCUGGAGAACAUGUACCAGCUGACACGCAACAGGAAGUACAUGCUGAGAGUGGAUCUGGAGGACUUUCAAGAAAAAAACAUUUUCGCUCUGUACUCGUCCUUCUCUGUGGAUAGUGAAGCUGAUGGGUAUAAACUGCAUGUUUCUGGAUUCACUGAUGGAGCAGCCGACGACUCUUUAUCUGAACAUGAUGGUAAGGAGUUCACCACCUUAGACAAAGACCAAGACAAUGACUCCAAAAACAACUGUGCCAAACUUUGUCUAGGGGCAUUUUGGUACAAAGACUGCAUGAAGACAAACCCCAAUGGUGUGUAUAUAUGGGGACAAGACAACACCUAUGCCUGCAUUGGAAAUGUAUGGUCAACCUGGAAGGGUAAUGAUGUUGGUAUGAAAUCUAUCAGCAUGAAGAUCAAACGUGUGUCAUAGAAACAUUGCAGUGUUUGUCAGAAAUGCACAACAAAACAAUCAAAUUAAUGUUUAAGGGUUUGCUCUUCUCUAUUACCUGUAUAACUUCAUAAAUCAUGUAGGAAUCACAAAAAUGUAUGACUGUUUGUAGUGGCUUUCCUAUAACAAGGGUAGGGUGGUAAGUUGUUCUUGACAUAGGUUAGAAUAAACAAUUUCCACAAAGCAAUGUCUGUUUCUUGACUUGUUAAUUUAAUGGAUAAGCAACAUUUACUAAACAUAAGAGUUAUGGUAAGAACCAUAUGUUCCCCCUUACAUAAAGAAAAUAUUUUUCCUUAUGUAUAUGAAUGAUCAAUAUAUUAAAUGACUUAACAGUAUAUUAGAAAUUACACUAUUACAUUAUUCUGUAAAUAUAUUACAAUAUAUCGAAUAAUACAUAAGGAAUUGCUGCUUUCAUAUAUUGAAAAAUAUGUGACAUAUUUACUUGUAGCUAUAUCACAAUAUAUGUAAUUUUAUAUUCAGUAAUACAAUUUAUAAUAUAUAGAUGUACAUGUGAUAAGAUAUGGUACUGCAUGUGUAAAAAAUAUAUUGAACUUGAGCAAAAACACAUGAAAUAGCACUUAAUUUUAACAUUUUUACUCUCCUUUA